AGAGUGCUCCGCGAUCAGGGCCAUCUUUGGUCGUCCUCGCCGGUGACAGUGUGGACAGUAUAUUCUAUUGGUCAUUAAUGCCUCAUGAUUAAUAAAUAAUAUUCAACUUUAAGCCGUUUGAAGCACUUGGCGUGAGAAAAAGGAGCCGUUUCCCCGCUUUGUGGACUUCUUUCCUCCAAUACCCUUCAAUUCUCAAGGCAAAAAGAGGGCGAGACGGGAGAGGCGGUGAGACAACAUGGAUGAGGAAUAUGAUGUGAUCGUUCUGGGCACCGGACUCACGGAAUGCAUUCUGUCCGGGAUCAUGUCCGUGAAUGGGAAAAAGGUCCUGCACAUGGACAGGAACCCCUACUAUGGUGGGGAGAGCUCUUCCAUUACACCCCUGGAGGAGCUUUACAAGCGCUUUACUCUCCCAGAUAGCCCACCUGAGUCGAUGGGCAGAGGAAGGGACUGGAACGUUGACCUCAUCCCCAAGUUUCUCAUGGCCAAUGGUCAGCUUGUGAAGAUGCUGCUAUACACAGAAGUGACACGGUACCUGGACUUUAAGGUAGUGGAGGGAAGCUUCGUCUACAAAGGAGGAAAGAUCUACAAGGUGCCGUCAACUGAGACCGAGGCGCUAGCUUCAAAUCUGAUGGGAAUGUUUGAGAAGCGAAGGUUUCGGAAGUUUUUAGUCUUUGUGGCCAAUUUUGAUGAGAAUGACCCCAAGACUUUUGAGGGCGUAGACCCCAAGACAACAACAAUGAGGGAUGUGUACAAGAAGUUUGACCUCGGCCAGGAUGUCAUUGACUUCACCGGCCACGCCCUGGCCCUCUACAGGACAGAUGAUUAUCUUGAUGUUCCUUGUUUGGAGACGAUCAAUCGUAUCAAACUCUACAGUGAAUCACUGGCACGAUAUGGGAAGAGCCCCUACCUCUACCCUCUGUACGGUCUGGGAGAACUGCCCCAGGGAUUUGCCAGGUUGAGUGCAAUCUAUGGAGGAACCUACAUGCUGAACAAACCAGUGGAUGAAAUAGUGAUGGAAGGUGGAAAGGUGAUUGGAGUGAAAUCUGAGGGCGAGGUGGCUCGUUGUAAGCAGCUCAUCUGUGACCCCAGCUACAUCCCCGACCGUGUCCGCAAGGCCGGUCAGGUGAUCCGUGUGAUCUGCAUCCUCAGCCACCCCAUCAAAAACACUAACGACGCCAACUCCUGCCAGAUCAUCAUUCCUCAGAAUCAGGUUAACCGCAACUCAGACAUCUACGUGUGCAUGAUCUCCUAUGCUCACAACGUGGCAGCCCAGGGGAAGUACAUUGCCAUCGUCAGCACCACAGUGGAAACCAGUGAGCCCGAGGCUGAGAUCGAACCGGCCCUGGAGCUGCUGGAGCCCAUCGACCAAAAGUUUGUGGCUAUUAGUGACCUUUAUGAGCCCACAGAUGAUGGUACUGACAGCCAGGUCUUCGCCUCAAGGUCCUAUGAUGCCACCACCCACUUCGAGACCACUUGCAACGACAUCAAGGACAUCUACAAACGUAUGACCGGGAGCGACUUUGACUUUGAGAACAUGAAACGCAAACAGAAUGAUGUGUUUGGGGAGGAUGAGCAGUGAGCGGUAGAUGGGGCUUCCGAGAGAGGGCGGGGUUGGGAAAGGAGGUAGGGCCGGAAAGGGGGGCUAGGAGGCGGCAGAGCCUGCGGUGGAGGAACCGGGGCUGCCUGAACAGUGCUUUAAAAACAAAUGGGCAGGGAGGGGGCAAGUGAGAGCACGGUGGAGACGGUUUGUGUUUCUGGGCUCUGCCUUCCUUCAGCCGCUCGCCUCCUUUUCCUUACGUCUCUCUCUCUCUCGACACACAUUCAAACACAUAAAUGCUCACAAACACACACACCAUACACGCUUUUCAAAUACUCACACUCCCUUUCUCUGUCACUGAAAAGCAGGGUUGAUACGGUCUUUCAUUCCAUUGUAGAAUUUACAGUAUAAUCAUGUCUUAACUAUUAUCAUUAGAGGUGAAUUUAUUACUUGUUGUUGGCGAUUUUCAAGGCAUCUCAUCCUUUCUGUAACAUCUUUCUCAUAUCAGAGGUUGGGUGGGUGGAAGAUCGGCACUGAGAGGUGUGGACCGCAAGCUCUGACAUGAGGGAUCUGUAAUGGCUUAGAGUAGAAUCCUCUGGAAGGGUCACCUCCAGUUGACAUGCAUGCAUCUUUUACACACAGUAGUAUUGUACAUAGACUCAAAUGACACUGCGGUAUGAAGGCUGGACCAUUCCACGCACCACGCCUGUCAACCCUGCUUUCACUUUUCUCUUACUUGGUCUUUUACCUGUGUUACUUCAAUAGAAGCCGCUCCUUUUGGCAAAAUCUGUUGGUCGGGCAAAAAAAAAAUGUGAUGACAAAUUACAUGUAAAUGGGCUGUUCUGUCAACAUGAUAGUGCUCACUUUGCAAUGCUGUUGUGUUCCCUGUGCUAGCAGGCAAGCUAACCAGUGGCUAUUAACUGUCACCCCAACCCCCUUCCCCUCCCCACUCCAAAAAAAACCCAACAGUUCCUUUGUUUAUCUCUGUUGUGUGAUGUCGAUUUUGAAUUUGAAUAGUUUACAUUCUAACAUUUUAAAUUAUUGAAGAGUUUUAUUUCUAUAUGGUGCACAUUUCACUGGCUGAAGUUAUGAAGUUUACAGGAGCGGAGGUUGAAACUGUGGUCUUCGAGUUGAACAUUAAAAAACAAAAAAAGGGAAUGUCGGGAGCAAAAGAGGCAUGGAGAGGAUUAUAGUGUUGUUAGGUGAGACUUUCUAUGAAGUAUUCUGGAAGAAUUGUGUGACUAAGAACUUGUUGAGAUGCAAGGAAGUGUGCCACGGGGAAAAGAAUGUAUGCAGGGAAUGUUGUGGAUUUGACUUUCGGAAAGUUUCACUUUAGAGUGAAGAGAGUGAAGACUGAAAUUUCGGCUCAUAGUGAAAGCACCAGAUUGUGUCUUGGUUGUUUCAACCCUUGUGUUUGUCAUUGAGAUAAGUCAUUACCCUCGGGACUAAAUCCUACGAAACAAUUGUAGAAGUGAAAUAGAAGGAAAAGCUGGUUACUCCCAUAAUUUGAAGAGUUUGUAGCAUAGCAAAAAUAAGAAGCCACAGUUACAAGUGCCGCCCCAUGAGAAUGAACCGAAAUGCUAUGUGGUCGUAGCCUUAAUUUGGGGUCUAAUUCAAAUGUUAAAAAUGUUUUAACUACCAGGUAGUGGCAGGUCAGUGUUGUGCCAAAAAUGGUCUUUCUGUUAUUGGCAAAGCUUGCUGACAAUGUUAAAGGUUCACUGUGGUAGUGUGCGCUGCUCUGCAGAGCUGAGUGAACACUAUAGAAGGAAUAUUGUUUUCUAGCAGAUCAGGUGGGUUAUUGUACACCUGAGAGGAGACAGUUCUUCAUAUCUCUGGAGUGCACACUUACAGACAGAUCGAUCUGUGACUUGGCUUUCUACACAUCAAAAACAAACAGACAAGAUGCUUCGAUCAUCUCCUUUAAAACCCUGAAGCUGUUCCGUUUCACUUUAUCCGCCAUGACCAAUCCCUUAACAACUCUAAACAAAGUUAUCAUGUGUUUGGGGUAUUGACGUGUCUUACCGUUAUGCUCUAUUUAUUUGAAGUUUGCUGACGUAUUGUGGAAAGGUUUACGUCAAAUGCUGAAUAUGCUAUGCUCUUAGUUUACGUUCUGAUGAUAAAAAUGGAUUUUAAAAGUGAUGCACAUCGAAUUGUUUUUGUUAUUUGCUGUGUCAUGUAUUACGUUUACCUUAUUUACUGAUCAUUCCAGUGUCGCAUCACAGUUUAAUAUGAUUAUUAGCAUUCCUAAGAAACAAGUUUUGAUGGAAGGAAACAGCAACAGUCAGUCAUAGAGCUGAUAUCACAGUCUAUACAGCUGUGUUCACAACAGUUUCACACUGUGCAUCAUUCUACAUUGUGUGUGGUCUUCAUCCUGGAAACACGUUAUCUGAGAAAAACUGGAAUACUGUUUACUCCUUGAACAUAGGUAUAUCUGAAGCCCUUUCUCCCCCACCCUUCCUCAGCAUCAGAUACUGUCCUUUCUUUUUUUAUUUAUUGAAAACAAAAGCUCAUGUGUGGUUGUACUGUUUUAAUUUCCAUCCAGUAUGGCCUUUGAAAACCACUAUUGACAAUAUCCCUUGAAAUUGACAAAAGAAAUAGUUCAGGCUGAGUAGUAGAAAACUUACUGUCCUUGUUUGAUCACUAGUAUGUGAACAAUGCCUAAUGUCUUGUGUAACAAAUAAAAUGAAUUAAACUAUGAAUGAAAUGAUAGAAAAAUAAAAAGCACAUGGCAAACCUGGA